UACCUACCUACCUACCUACCUACCUACCUACCUACCUACCUACCUACCUACCUACUUAUCUAUCUAUCUAUCUAUCUAUCUAUCUAUCUAUCUAUCUAUCUAUCUAUCUAUCUAUCUAUCUAUCUAUCUAUCUAUCUAUCUAUCUAUCUAUCCAGCUAUCUAUCCAGCUAUCUAUCUAUCUAUCUAUCUAUCUAUCUAUCUAACUAUCUAUCUAUCUAUCUUUCUAUCUAUGUAUGUAUGAAUCUAUUUAUCUAUCUAUCUAUCUAAAAUGCAUGCUGCGUAAAACUCUAAACAUUGUACUCUGAGACUGUACGGAGAUAUUAAAAGUAGAUACUAAGCAGCUAUGGAAAAUGUCAUUACUUUCAUACGAUAUUGAUAUCUUAUAAAACGGACAAUAGAGUGAUAAUAACAAUAGAGUUAAUAGAGUGGUAAAAGGGACGAGGUGCUAAAGACGGGCAAUAACUCCAAUAAUUCUACUUAUUUUUAGUGAUACAUUGUCAAUGUGGUAUUUCCAGCUCAAAUGACUAUCCAGUAAGACACCUACAUAUUUUACAUGAUCCUUACACUCAAGGAGGUAAGAAAUGAUUACUGUUAUCAAACAUUAGAAUAUUGACCGAAUAGUCCAUCUUACGUAGGUGAGGACGAAAAGAUAACUAAGUUUGACUAUUUAGCAUUUAAUGUUAGCUUAUUUGCAUUGAGCCAAUCCGAGACUCUGACCAGUUGGUUAUUGACCGUUUUUUCAAAGAUUUAAGGUUUUUGUCGCCAUACAACAAAUUUCGCUGAAGCGUUAUGAAAAUCAUUAAUAUAAAUUAGGAAUAACAAAGGACCAAGAACAGAGCCUGGUGGGACACCAUGAGAUCUUAUUAAUGGUCCAUUAGAAUCUAUUUCAGUCACUUGUGAACGGCCAAGAAAGGUGAAGAAAACCAGUCGUUAAAUGAUGCCCGUGAUACCAUAGUGAUUAAGUUUUUUUCAGUAAGAUUGAAUGAUUGACGGUAUCAAGGCCUUAUUUUAACAAUUUGAAGAGACUUAGAGAUUUUUACGUAAGUGCGGUAAAAGGAAAAAGUGGUUUGGAGGAUGGAAUCUAAUGCUGACCGGUCAACGACGUAUUUCCAGAACUUUCCAAUACCUUGCACGCUUACUGAACAGCAUUACCAAGACCACUUCCCGCGCAUGCUGAAAAAAUUAACUAGGACCACCCGCGCCUAGUUUCUUCAAAUCGAGAAGAUUUGACAUUUUACCAAUACAAUGAAAAAAAAAAAAACGAUACUUCUCUACGCGGGGAUUUUAGGGUCCGGAACCCUGAGGGGCAAUAAUUUCCCCGGGCCUUUAAGACAAAACACGCGCGAGAUUAUUUCCUGCAAAUUUCAUUCGUUACCAUUUCAGUACCCAUACUAAUACUAUAAUUAGUACAGGCAUUAGGUAAUAACAUGAUUUCUAGUGAUAUUUGACAUAAAUACCACGAGUGCGGAUAUUUCAAACUUGUUACACUUAAUUUCACGAGCCGAUAGGCGGGUGAAAUUUGAGACAAUUUUGAAAUAUCACGUACAAAUCAUGCUAUUAUUUGUUUAUACUACUACCCGGAAAGGUUUUGUAAUUUUCAAAUGUAGGUAUUUCAAAUUAAGCUGAAAUCCCACUGCUCUAAGCCAAUCAAAUUGCAGAAAUUUUUCAUGUAGUAGUAUAAUGAAAGUAAAUUAUAAUUAUCAUAGAAAAUCUCCCAGAAUCCUUUGAGGCAUUUUUUUUUAAAAAGGCUUUAUAACUUUGACAAUUUUAUACGUAGAAGAUUGUCAGACCACAACAAGAUUAGGGACCUUACGCUGAUCCGGGGGGGUAAACUUUUACCGCGAACAUUUUAUCGACCCGACUAACUGUCCCUAGGUCUCCGAGGAUGGUGCUUCUCCAAAGAGUAGGGAUUUUGCGCAGUUUUGGUCUGAAAACGGGUAUAGACUUUGCUCAUUUUGGUCUGGAAUCGGGUUUGGUUUUCUAGGGAACUACGGGAGUGUAAUUGUUUCAAUUCCAAAUAACGAUAAAUAUGCAAGUUCGAAAUGGAUUUUAAGAAAUCUUUUUUGUUGCUGUUCUAAUCUAAGUAAUGAUGACAUAAUUUCAUAAAGGCCAGGUCUGAGAAUAGGUAUGGAUUUUAGAGGUGGGGUCUGAAAACGGAUGUGAAAAAGACAUUUUUUGGUAUGAAAUAGGGUCAGGAAUUGGACAACAUGGCGGCACUGCCCAACCAAGAAUUCCCAGGUGUACCCUCCCCCCGGGGGGCUGACUUUGUUUUAAGGAACGCUAGAGUUCGAUUCAUCUUCGCCGUCGUUUUUUCUUUUUCAGUUAGGCAUUCUAAAGUUUUACCCCCAAAGGUGAAAUUAUCCAUGAAACUGGGUACUUAAAUGAAAACUAUAAACCACAGCCUCAUAGUCACGCCCUGAUCACACAUUUCUUCUACAUCGUAAAAGCUUUCCUCCUUUCUCCAAAUUUUGAUUUAAAUUAUCAUGGAUCUUAUGUGAGCAAGAACAGUCAAAACUCAAUCGCGGAGACUUCCUUUCCAUCAAACUUUCGCAAAUCAAUAAUCCAAAAAAAGCCCUUGGGAGUGUACUUGUUAACUAAAGAUAGAAGCCACGUAAUUGAUCUGAGAAAGAGAGGAUUGAAAAUGAUCGGUUUCAAUUAAUAUCGAGAUGCUUUUAAUUUUGAGCUUUAAAAGCCAAUGUAUCGCUAAAAGAUACGGAAGUUGUUACUCAGCAGUAUAGGACGUGAUGACUUUCCUUUUAAUACCUGAUUUGUCAAAUACAAUAUACAAUAUGUAAAGUUUCAUAUGAUAGUAGACAGGGCGGAAUAUUGGAUUGUUCUACUUCAGCCUCAAAAGAAAGCAAUAAAAGUUAGUUUCCUCAAAAUAACAAAUGCAAUAAAGAAUGAAAUUAGUCAAAGGAAACAGACGUUUGCAUGUUUUAAGGUCUUUUAGAAGGGAGCAAUACUCUCAAGUAGAGAUAGAACAUUUAUUUAAGUUAGUUCUACCGAAUUUUACAUAUUGCUUUUCUGUGUAUGGAGCGUCUGAAUCACAUUUGAAUAUUAUACAACUGUUUGUUGGAUCGCUGCCACAAGCACCGCUUUGUUUCUUCUCCAGUUUCUAUUAAGGAUCUUUUAUAUAGACAGGACUGCAAGAUUUUAAAGGCUAUUAUCUCUGUAGAUAACCAUCCGCUAGGCUCGUACUUACCACCAACAAAGGAGAAUAAAUAUAAUCUGCAUAAAAAACAGUAUGCCCUCCCCAAGGUUAAUACUGAAAGAUUUAUGACAUCUUAUGUAAGUAGACUGAUUUUUAAACGCAAGAUAAGGUAGUUUCUACGUAACAUUUUAUUUGUGGUGUAACUAGUUUAAUUUUUAAGGUAAAUUUUUAUUGAGUGUAUACUAGAAUGUAACAAAAGAUGUGUACUUUUAUCUUUUAGCAAUAAAGACUAUUAUUAUUAUUAUUAUUAUUAUAAACAAAUUCUUACACUAUUUAACAAACGAUCUGUUGUACACAUCCGCUUGCGCAAGCUAGCGAUAAUUUCAGUGAUUUGUGUAAAUAAUAUGGCAAUUUCAAGGGUCGAUUCUGAGACGUUAGAAUAGAUAAUGUAGAAUAUAAUAAUUUAAAUCUUUCAACACACCUGGCUGCUAAAUGAAGAGGCGUCCAUCGAUAGUCACUCGUCCCCACGUUGAUAUUCGCUCCACGACCUAGCAGUUUUGUCACUGAUCUGCUGAAAUUAUACCGAGCAGCGACAUGGAUUAGGGCAAACCCCUGUCCGACUAAUUUAUCAAUUUCGCACUUAUCUGUUAGGGUAGAAAGCUCGGCUUCGACCAGAUCCAUUUCAUCUUCUCGGAUAGCUUCAAACAAAUUUAAAGCAUGAUCUGAUAUCGGAGUCACGACCUCACUACUUUCCAGAGCUGAAUCAUAAACAAAUGAGUGUCGUUGGUUCGCGGCUUUGGGUUCGAAACCAACCAAAGGUACCUCGCAUUUUUCACUGGCAUCUUUUUCAUAUCUGCUCUUAAAAGGGUUACAGCCGACUCCCCGCUGUUUUGGCUUGCUUUUUGCCAUAUCACCCUCCUCUGAAAUGCUAUGUUCCUGUUUUCCGUUCUCCAUAUUCUACACGAUCGAAGUGAAAACAUUCAGAACAGUGAAACCCUUAAUUAUAAAAGCAACUCAACUCACGUACACUUGCAUUCGUUUUGCCAAGUAUGAAUAAGUAUGUGAGUAAAUAAAUAUGUGUUCCAAUUUGGUAAAAUUCAGAGCAAAUGCUGAGAAUCACCUGUAGUCCAUGAGCCAAAUCCUGAAAUGAUGUCAAAAAAUGAUUUUCGUAGCACCCCCUAUGGGACCAAGCUAUUUUGGUACCAAAUUAAAGCUUAUUGACUAUAUUUGAUGAAUUCACUUAUUGCCCGGCUGGCAACUUGCACGUUAAGGAGAUACGGCGGCGUUUUUAACGGGGGGAGGGUGGGGAGCAUUUUUUGUCUGUAUUAUUAAAAAACAAAUAACACAAAAUAACACAGAAGUUCAUAAGACAAAAAAUGCUCCCCACCCUCCCCGCGUUAAAAACGCUCCCUUAUCUCCUUAAAGUGCAAGUUGCCAGCCGGACAACAAGUGAAUUUAUCAAAUAUAGUCAAUAAGCUUUAAUUUGGUACCAGAAUUACUUGGUCCCAAAGGGAAUGCUACGAAAAUCACUUUUGGGGGCCUUGGCUCAUGGACUACUGGCUGCCUUUUCCGUUUAAAAUAGAAACCUGACUUAAACAAACAUUUUUGGCAAGAUUUCCGUAUAUAUGACCCCAUAAAUUAAUUAUGCAUUCUGUAAUUGUUUAAAGAAAACAAAAGACAGACCAAUAGGCUAUUUGGCCUGGUUUUGGCCAGACGUAGUUAAUCGAUAGAUAUCAAUAUUGGAAAUUAAUGGAUAUCAUUGAUGUCAAUCGAUUUAAUCUGCUGAUUGACAUUGAUUGAUAUCGGAAAUCGAUAGAAAUCGAAGUCACAGAAAAUGGCAGCUAAGGCUACAGAAUUGAGCUGUUAAUUCAACAGCAAUCACUGCUACAUACUCUUCAUCUUCAGAUUCACACUCAAAACCAGGCCAAAAUAGCCUAAAUCAGGCCAAAAUAGCCAAAGCUAGGCCCAAAGGGACAGAAGGAGACAAACGGGCCAUUUUAACCCACGUGUCUUUGUUUUGUUUUUCUCAUGCACACGUGCGGGUGUCUCCCGUCCUUAGUCACGCAAUAGCUCUCAAUAUUGGAAUCAUCAUCAUCUUUAUCAAGUGCCUAAUUAAAAAGUUUAUAUCUCCCUUUAGUAACUGGUACUUCUUGUGGGCGGGCCGCCUAGAGAAUUUCCCAAAGAUACAUAGACUGAAGAUAUGGCAAGGAAGAGAAAGUAUUACGAAACUUGGCCCGAUAGUCCUUUUUGUCCCUUUUGUCCUGGUUUUGGCUUUUUGAUGUUCGUUUGGCCCUUUUUACCUUUGUUUGGCCUUUUAAGCCUUGCUUUGGCCCGUCUUAUCUUCUAAAUAACUGGUCGAUGUAAGAUCGUUCAUUAUUCAUGAAGGAGAACGCUUAGUAACCCUGCCUUCACCAAUUUUCUAUAAAAGGGACGCGUUACUUUGUGAAGUUUAGUUUCCUAUCAGAACGUGUGCGGUUCGAACCAAAAAUAUGUGGAACAGUAACCUCCAUUACAACCUUAUUCAACAAGGUGCUGGAAAAUAUGAAGAAAUAGAGAAUACUUCAUGGAAAGUGCUGGCGUACGGUAUUUACGCACGAGUUGUUGACGUGUCAGAAAUCGAACGAGUGAGCGCAGCGAACGAGUAAGAUUUCUGAUACAAAAACAACGAGUGCAUAAAUACUGUACAAAGGACUUUCCAUGUGGUAUUGUGUUUAUUAUAUACAUACUGAGACAUUCAUCAUUUUCGCGGCCUUUUUAUUUUAAAUCUUUCAAAAAUGCUAAAUUUUGCCGCUACACACUUACCGCAAAAUGACAACGAAAACGAAGUAUCAGCUUUUGAGUAAAAACGUUUGUUAAAAACCUAAAUGAUGGUAAGGAUAUGAGGUAAUCCAAGAACUGUAAGUAAUCUUAACUGUUUGUUCUCAAUGCACAAUUGAAAAUGAGUGAAUUUAAGUAAAAUGACCGGUUUCAAUAUAAGCUUAAGCUUAAAUGAAAGACAAAGUAGCUCCGACAAAAAGCACAACAAAAGCUUACGUCUCGUUCUGUUUAUCCCUUUCCGCUGUUGUUUCACCGCUCUCUACCGUAUUUUUUUAUCGACAGUGAAACAAACGAAACUAUUCCACUCCAUUUCCGAAAUGUUUUUCACUUUUUUAGCGAGAAAAACUCCUUGAGUAAAACUUUUCUCGUUGAUAAAUGUGUGCGAAGCGGCGCUGCAAGCUGCAAUAAAAGGCGGGAAUUUUGGCGCGAAACUCCUACACCUCUGUGGCUUCUGAUUGGACGUAUCAUUUUUCUCACACGUGAAAAAACAUCGUUCGCGAUUCUGAUUGGACGUAUCGUUUUUUUCACGUGUGAAAACCAUCGUUCGCUUCUCUGAUUGGCUAUAACUAAUUUGCGUACGAAAGUUUACGACAUAGCUUUUUGGUGAGUAUUUCUCAGUAUGUAUAUAAUAAAGCGAAGUCUCUAGCCAAGGAACGGAGUCUUCCCAAGAAGAAACAGAAAGCAUAGAUCCUUGGUCACGCAUUUUUGAUAAAGCCGAGAAACGCCAUGAGACCCAGCUCAAGACAUUGAUCAAUGAGUACGAAGGGAACGGAGAUUCAGUAAAUGUGGCCCGCGUGAAAGCCGAGAACGCUCUUCUUCCUGUUUACAGAAAAGAGCCGAGAAAAGUAUACUCUCAGAGAAUCUACAGUGGAUGCGUGCAAUGCAAAGAGAUUCCACUUCCACUUCAUAAAUACUUGAGAUAUGAAGUAUCCACUGUCACGUAAUUUUUACGUGCGGACGUGCGUAAAAUUUGCGUUCGCAAAUAAAAUAAAGGAAAUGUAUGAAAGGCCGCACGUACAAAAGUAGAAACUCGCUUAAUUUGAUGUUUAAUCUCAAUACUUUAUGUCUUACCUCUAUUUGAUUUACGUGAUUAAAAUUUACGUGCGUUAACGUGCGGAGCCAAAAACGCAUCAGUGGAAAUCCACCCUAACGUGUCACGGAUGUGUUUAUACGGGUAGCUUUGAACUUGAUUAACCGCACACUCUACUUGCAGCACUUCAUGUCCAUAGUUAAUACAAAUCCCAUAUCGAGCUUUUCCGGAACAGGUUGGUCCAAGAAUUCUAUGGCUUGAAAGCGUUGAUUAUUUUGGAAAAACUGAUCACUUCAGUGGUCGGAAAAAAAGAAUAAUCUUAAUGAGCAAAACUUCAAGGUUUUACUGGAAAAUCAGGAUAGAGGAUCGAGAAAUCAGGGAUAGAGGAUCGUUUAAAAAGAACUUGAAAAUAAAAUAAAUAAAUAAAUAAAUCGUGGAUCAGUGGUGGACCACAGACUGUAGAUAAAUUUCACAGAACAUAACCCCGUUCGCUGUACUGAACACUAAAUUCAAGUUAACGAAUCCGAGUCUGUCUGAGUCAGUGAUUGUUUUGACGAGAAAGUGGAAUUUUCCGGAAAAAUGAAACGCUUUAUCCCGGUGAUACUGUACGUAAUACAAGAAUAAAUUUAACAGUUUUGAAUUUUUAAGGGUACAUUUGCUUUCAGUACUCCUUAUUUUUCUUGUAAUUUUUGUAUGCACGACCCCACCAGCAAUGCUGAUCUUUUUAUCGUACCGUAAACUAAGUUUCUUACCUACCCACCUACCUACCCACCUACCUACCUACCUACUUAUCUAUCUAUCUAUCUAUCUAUCUAUCUAUCUAUCUAUCUAUCUAUCUAUCUAUCUAUAGCUAUCUAUCUAUCUAUCUAUCUAUCUAUCUAUGUAUGUAUGUAUGUAUGUAUGUAUGUAUGUAUGUAUCUAUCUAUCUAUCUAUCUAUCUAUCUAUCUAUCUAUCUAUCUAUCUAUCUAUCUAUCUAAAA